GCAAACAUUUUGACGGGUCUGGCUUUCCCCCCGCUGGAUUUCUGGAGUCUCUACCCCCCCUUUCCUCCCUUAUUCCCACCUCCCCCUCUCCUCCGCCAACACCACCCCUCUCUGGGCGAACCUCAGAUCCUCAACAUCUCCUGUGACGGGCAGUGGUCACGGAAACACAGAGCGAGACAAGGGGAGAGCCGCUGAGGAGGGGGAAACGUGCACUAAGCCAUUUUCUUGGAGGAGAAAGUGUCGUUGAUGGGAAGAGGAUGCAUUGCGGGCUGCUGGAGGAGCCUGAUAUGGAUUCCACAGAUCCCCAACUUAUCUGUUCCUGCGGCAAAUGAAGCUUGAGGUCUGAGCCUCUGUGGAGAAUUAGCUUCACUUCAGUGGAUUCACUUGUUCAUUUCCAGGAAAGUUGGAUUGAAAGAUGCCUCAACGAGAGUGAGAGCAAGCGAUACUCCAGUCACACGUCUCUGGGGAACAUGUCCAACGAUGAACAUGAAGAAAAAGAAAACAACAGAGCCUCUAAACCACAUUCGACACCGGCUACUCUGGAAUGGCUAGAAGAGAACUAUGAGAUAGCCGAAGGAGUGUGUAUCCCCCGAAGUGCCCUCUACAUGCAUUACCUAGACUUCAGUGAAAAGCAUGACACACAGCCUGUGAACGCGGCCAGCUUUGGAAAGAUCAUAAGGCAACAGUUUCCAGCGUUAACUACCAGAAGACUUGGGACAAGAGGCCAGUCUAAGUAUCACUACUACGGCAUAGCGGUAAAGGAGUCCUCUCAGUAUUAUGACGUGAUGUACUCCAAAAAGGGAGCAGCGUGGGUGAACGAGACGGGCAAGAAAGAGGUCACGAAGCAGACAGUGGCGUAUUCACCGCGCUCCAAACUGGGGACGCUCCUGCCAGAGUUUCCAAAUGUCAAAGACCUAAAUUUGCCCGCCAGCCUGCCAGAAGAGAGGGUGUCAACCUUCAUCAUGAUGUACAGAACGCACUGUCAGAGGAUACUAGACACUGUUAUUCGAGCCAACUUUGAUGAGGUCCAAAGCUUCUUGCUGCACUUCUGGCAGGGCAUGCCGCCCCACAUGCUCCCUGUCCUCGGCUCCCCCACGGUGGUGAACAUAGUAGGUGUUUGUGACUCCAUCCUCUACAAGGCCAUCUCUGGGGUGCUGAUGCCCACCGUCCUGCAAGCACUACCUGAUAGUUUGACUCAGGUUAUCCGAAAAUUUGCCAAACAGCUCGACGAGUGGCUAAAAAUAGCACUUCACGACCUUCCUGAAAACCUGAGGAAUAUCAAAUUUGAAUUAUCCAGGAGAUUUUCUCAGAUUCUAAAGCGGCAAACAUCAUUAAACCAUCUAUGUCAGGCAUCACGGACUGUGAUAAACAGUGCCGACAUCACCUUUCAAAUGCUGGAGGACUGGAGGAAUGUGGACUUGAACAGCAUCACCAAGCAGACACUUUACACCAUGGAGGACUCACAAGAGGAGCACAGGCAGCUUAUUAUCCACUUGUAUCAGGAGUUUGACCGUCUCUUGGAGGAGCAGUCUCCAAUCGAGGCGUACAUUGAGUGGCUGGACUCCAUGGUGGACCGCUGUGUCGUCAAGGUGGCAGGGAAGAGGCCCGGGUGCCUGAAGAAGGUGGCCCAACAGUUCCUGCUCAUGUGGUCGUGUUUCGGUACCAGAGUCAUCCGGGAUAUGACCCUCCACAGCGCGCCCAGCUUUGGGUCCUUCCACCUGAUCCACCUCAUGUUUGAUGAUUAUGUGCUUUACCUGCUGGAGUCCCUGCACUGCCAGGAGAGGGCCAACGAGCUCAUGAGGGCCAUGAAGGGAGAAGGCAGCACAGCAGAGAGAGAGGAGGAAUUCACGCUGACAGAAACCACCCCCACCUCCCCGUCUCCAGGAUCCUUCUCUCCCGCUCGGUCAGUCCACUCUGUGGGCGUUUCCUCUGCCAGCUCCCCCACAGCAGCUGUGUCCCCAGAGUACACCGGAGUCACCUCCACCACAGGCGCUGUUCAGUCAUAUACCUGGUCCCUUACAUACACAGUGACAACAGCAGGCGGCUCCGCUCCAGAGGCCGGACAGCAGCUGUCCUGUAUGAGGAGCAGCGCUCCAGUCCCACCUCCAUCCUCUGCCCACCGGAUGCCAGUCUACGCCCACAGAGAGGAGCAUGGGUAUACUGGUAGCUACAACUAUGGCAGCUACGCCAACCAGCAUCCUCACUCAAUCCAGAGCCAGUAUCCCAGUCUGGCUCAUGAUCCGGCGAUCCCAGCCCCCCUCCACUACUCCGCCUACCACCGGUCUUCUGCACAGUACCAGCUCAACGGCCAGAUGUCUCGAAUGGAGCCUUGCUUGAUGGGCAGCACGCCUCGAUUGCACCCUGCACCCGUUGCCCCCCGGUGGCCAGAUGUGUCGCCAGCUAACAGCUGUUACACCAGCCCACCUAUGCAUUCAUCCCGCUAUGCCACCUCCGGGGACAUGUACUCUCCCCUGGGCCCACGCAGGAACUCAGAGUACGAACACUCGCAGCAUUUCCCCGGCUUUGCCUACAUCAACGGAGAGGCCACCACAGGCUGGGCGAAAUAGCCUGUAAACACUGCUUUGGACAGCCGUAUACAAGCUGCAGGUCUGCCAAACUGGUGGAUGCAAAGUCUCUGAACACUUCCAGUCAAGUACAUCAAAAAAGGAGGAGCAGAGAGUGGAGAGUACCGAUGCAAGGUAUAGGAAUCAUGGUAUGGACGUACUGACAAUUUGAAAAGACUCAUUACGUUAAUCACUCAGAUGAUUGUGGUGUAAUAUGUACGGAGGUUUAAUGAAAUUUCUUCAACAAUUGAUGAUUUUUCUCACUGCUGGAAGAAAAAAAAAAUCAAUUCAAAUCAUAUAGAUUGUCAAAACCUGCAGCAAAAUCAUUUCAAGAGUGCAAUGCUGCUGCCAAGCUGUGCCUUUGUUUUAAGGAAUGUACACUCUGCCAGACUUUCCCUCGUCAGUCUCACAAGUCAGCACACAGAUCAUCCGACCAACCCUCAGUCGGUUUUGUCAGUGACUGGCGGAUCAGUGUGCUGUAAGCUGUUACUGACACCAGUACAAUCUCAGUGACACCGCUGUCUCCUCUUGUUGCUCAGCACUGUGCAGCAUCUUGUCGUGGGCUCGUCGCAGCAGAUUUGUUUGCUGCAGGAUGUGGAUGAACUGUUCUGCCUUAAUGUUAAUGACACCUGUUACAAACAGUGGCACAAAGCCAAAACAUACAACUUCAUAUAAACUCAUGAAAUGCCUUGAUCAGUGUGUUAAGGUGUCUUCAUCUUGGAUAGUUUUUUUUAAUGAUUGAAUGCUGUGACUCAAAAACAGCUGUAUACUGUUGCAAGCUUUUUGCUGUUUUCCUGUGACAAUAUACAUAUAUAUAUAUAUAUAUAUAUAGUAUGUAUUUUCUGUAACUUUGUAACAUGGUGUAUCCUUUAUUUUCUAUGUUACAAUUGGUACUUUGUUCUCUGUUUUGUAUGGUUAGUAAAAGACGCAUUAACCUAGGGUUGUGUGUUUUAUAAUGCACUCAAAGCUACCGAGGACCUAUUACCCUAUGGGUAUUUAUAAAAAGGGAAAAUAUCAAAGUGUACAGUAACAUGAAGUCUAGUCACUUUUCUGUAAAUAAAAGCACUGGAAACCGUCUGUGGUGACUGUUAAACUAUCACAGUUGAAACUGAUGUGUAUGUGGGAAAAAUGUUGCCACAUAAAUAAUUUCACAAUUUAAAACAGUGA